AUGGCCUCGCGCGAAGGAAGCAAUCCAUUGCGUCCCUAUUACAUCCCUCCUCCUAUUGGGCUUUCUCCCACAGAGAGCGUCAACGCCUCAUCUACAGCACACAUUGUCUCGCAUGCGUCGUCGAGAACUACAAUAGGCGGCUCGGCAAGAGAUUUGCUGUCGGACUUGGAUUAUAGCGACUACCUAGAUGCAUCGCCGACAGUGUCGGAAUGGUUCAGGGAUUUGCUCGAUCGGGCAGUAUGGAAGUACUCGAGUGCUCUUUUAGCACAACCGUUCGACGUCGCGAAGACCUUGCUUCAGAUAUAUGUUGUACCGGGUGAAGAGGAGAAUCCAGAUUUAUACGAUACUCGAAGACGGCAGAGUCAACAUUUCCGAAAUGAUACUUCCGAUCAGGAUUCGCAAUCUUCAGACGACGAGAGCAGCUAUUUUACCACCACAGGUCCGACUACACCCUCGCCUUCGACUCCUCGAUCACGCAAAUCUCGUCCUCAAAUUACGGAUCGAGCCGGGUAUAUCCAGUCGCCUCCGACUUCGAAACACCGUCUGCAAAUCAAGAACCCCUCUUCAUUGAUGGAAGUCAUCUCACGCUUAUGGACAACAAGCGGACCAACAUCGGUCUGGAAAGCUACAAAUGCGACGUUUAUGUAUUCGCUUCUUCUACCUACGCUCAACACGUUUCUUCGAAGUCUUUUGUCCGCAAUCAUCGGAUUGCCGGAAAUUGGAGAGUCGUCGUCACUUACUGAAGAUAUUUUGACCGUAUCCUCUCCAACUGCUACAUUAAUUAUAACGUUUAUUGCAUCCGCACUUUCAUCGAUUAUCCUGGCCCCUCUCGACACCGCUCGUACAUUUCUUAUUGCAACUCCGCUUACACACGGUCCUCGAUCUCUGUUCCGAGCGUUGCGACUUCUUCCAACUUCGAAUUAUACAAUACCCGCCCAUCUCGUCCCAAUCACAGUCCUUCAUUCCAGUCUACCUAGUUUACUCUCUAUGAGCACGCCGUUAUUCUUGAAAAAUUAUUUUUCAAUUGAUCCCGUCCUCAACCCAUCCGCAUGGAGCCUAUUCAGUUUUGUUUCAAGUGGAUUAGAGCUUGCCGUGCGGUUCCCGUUGGAGACAGUCUUGCGCCGAGCUCAAAUUGCUACCUUCACAUCACCGGCUUUGCGUCAACGAGUCCAACCAACCGUCAAACCCUCACAAUCUUCAAAAGCCUUGGCUAAAACCGACGCUGAGAGCACCGAGAUUGAGACAAUCGUACCUGUACCCAAGACAUAUCGCGGAAUCAUCGGCACGAUGUGGAGCAUCGUAUACGAAGAAGGUGUAUCACCAGAUGCAGACGAGGACGUAUCAAGAAUAGUAGGCACGCAAGGCCGUCAACGACGGAAGAGACCCGGUCAAGGUAUUCAGGGUCUAUAUCGUGGUUGGAGAAUGGGCAUGUGGGGGUUGGCAGGUAUAUGGGGAGCAGGCUUCCUGGGAGCUGCCAUGGGAAACGGUGAAGAAAUUGUGACAUCCACGCCUGGCUUUGAGUAUCGCAAGGGAGGUGUCGCGCGGCCUUUUUAA